UGUCAAAGGUGCUUUGACAGUGUGUUUUGUUUUGGGUGGAAGUUUUCACUUCAUGUUUUCUCCAAUUUAGCAGUUAAUUCUACUCAUUAUCGAUCUAGAAUUGAUUUUGAAAUACUUUUGAAUUUCUGAAUGGCUUCAGCGUCUUCGAGCAGUGCGAAGAACCUCUUCAGCGACUCCAAGCGGCGACUAGCCGAUCGAGUGAUGGUGAAUGUGCACAAUUCGGCCUCAGUGGCGCGCCAAAUUGUGCGUGGCUCGAAAUCAAAUGAGAUUUUGAUGCAAUCCGCGAAGAACUUCGCCCAGGCGGAAACGGCAAUGGAUAACAGUAGCCAGAAUCUCAGGAAAAUGCAGCUGAUAAGGCAACACUUGGGCUAUCAAGUGGAGGCAAUGAGCGAAGGGACGGCAAAGUUGGAGUACAUAAAAGAGCAAGUUUGCUCAAUGGAGAGAUGAAUUAAAAACAUCAAAGGCUAUGAAAUAUGA